AUGGCGUUGACCAAGAAGCCCUAUCUCGGGCUCACCGGGGGAUGGCUUACCUUUUGGCUCACGGUAGCAUGUGCUACUGAUAUGAUGCUGUUCGGAUAUGACCAGGGAGUCUUCAGUGGCGUGGUGGUAACCCCUGAUUUCUUAGAAGUCCAUGACUUGGUAGGCCCAUCAAAAACCACGGUUCUCUCAACAGUCGCUGCUAUUUAUGACAUCGGUUGUUUCUUCGGAGCCAUACUUGCCUUUACACUUGGCGAGCGACUCGGUCGCAAGAAAUCUAUUCUUUUGGGCACUGUUAUCAUGGCCGUCGGUACCAUCCUCCAAGCAUCAUCCUACAGCUUACCCCAGAUGUUUGUUGGAAGAAUUGUGCUAGGUCUCGGGAACGGAAUCAACACGGCAACGGCGCCUAUUUGGCAAACAGAAACUACACCCGCAAAAUGGAGAGGAAAGUUGGUCAUAUUGGAUCUUGGUUUAAAUGUUGGCGGAUACUGCAUUGUUAACUGGAUCAACUAUGGUCUUUCGUUCCACCAGGGUGCCAUUGCGUGGCGGUUGCCCAUCUCUCUGCAGCUUAUCUUCAUCGCCGUUUUGCUAAGUACCAUUCCUUGGCUUCCGGAAUCUCCUAGGUGGCUCAUGACGCAAACCCGCGAAGCCGAAGCGAUGCAGGUCCUUGCAUGUGUCGAGGCUACUUCCCCUGACGACCCACUCAUUAUAACACAACGCGAUGAAAUCAAGUUCAGCAUCACAUAUGAAUUGGAGAAUGCUGUUCCCUGGCGCGAUCUACUACGCCGAAAUAAAAGCGACAAUACGAAGACUCUUCGUCGAUUGCUUCUGGGUGCUGGUACACAGGCCAUGCAGCAGUUUCAAGGUAUCAACAUCAUGAGUUACUACCUGCCAUUUGUCCUCAUGAACUCGGUCGGACUUUCAGAGAGCAUGGCUCGGUUAUUAACAGCUUGCAAUGCAACUUCAUAUUUUGUCUUCUCGUGUGCCGCCGCUGCAAUAGUUGAACGGGUUGGUCGCCGUGGAUUAAUGAUGCUCUCUGGUUUUGGUCAGCUCAUUUCGUUUUUGGUCAUCACAAUCCUGCUUUACUUGGCCGAGAGAGAUACAGUCUAUGCAACUGCCUCUGUAGCCUUCUUCUUUCUCUUCCACAUUGCCUUUGGCAUGGGCAUGCUGGGAGUACCGUGGCUGUAUCCCACCGAGAUCAACUCACUGCCAAUGAGAACAAAGGGUGCAGCAGUUUCGACCGCAACCAAUUGGAUCACAAACUUUGCUAUCGUCGAGAUCACCCCUAUCGGAAUUCAAAGUAUUGGAUGGAAGUUCUGGAUAGUGUGGACUGUUCUCAAUGCGGUGUUUCUGCCGGUCAUUUAUUUCUUGUAUCCAGAGACAGCAAACCGAACUCUGGAAGAUAUGGAUGCGUAUUACCGCUCCGAUCCUUCUCUCAUUGUGGCAGGAGACCCAGAUGCCAUCUCUACCAAACGACCGGUUCAAUACAUUUGCCAUGAAGACGAGGAAAUACAGAAGAAUGCCAAAGGGGCUGUCUCUGGAAGUGCAGGUUAUGCGGAGCAUGUGGACUAA